AACCAAAGAUAAAGAAACGCCAAAUAAAUAAAAAAAAUGUUCUUGUGUAAUGGCGGAUUGAUUUUGGUUAUUUUGUAAUGUGAUUUUUGUCCAAAGAAUUUAGUUUGCUGAUACAGUUGAUAUUAUUAGUUAGUAAAAAUAUAUAAACUCAUAAUACUUUAGCCCUACUAUUAGUUUCCAAAAAUGUCAGAUACCAGUGACUUGGAUCGUCAGAUAGAACAGCUGAAAAGAUGCGAAAUAAUAAUGGAAGCUGAGGUUAAGGCGCUCUGUGCCAAAGCUCGUGAGAUUUUGGUUGAAGAAAGUAAUGUACAACGCGUUGACUCUCCUGUUACGGUGUGUGGAGAUAUACAUGGCCAAUUCUAUGAUCUGAAAGAAUUAUUCAAAGUGGGUGGUGAUGUGCCCGAGACCAACUAUUUAUUUAUGGGCGACUUUGUAGACAGAGGAUUCUAUUCUGUAGAGACAUUUUUAUUAUUAUUAGCAUUGAAGGUUCGCUACCCAGAUCGGAUCACAUUAAUACGUGGCAAUCAUGAGUCCCGGCAGAUCACACAAGUAUAUGGAUUCUAUGAUGAAUGUCUCAGGAAAUAUGGCUCAAUCACUGUUUGGAGAUACUGUACAGAGAUAUUCGACUAUCUAUCUCUCUCUGCAAUCAUUGAUGGGCGGAUAUUCUGCGUGCAUGGUGGUCUAAGUCCAUCCAUACAGACCCUUGAUCAAAUCCGCACUAUCGAUCGUAAGCAGGAGGUGCCUCAUGAUGGACCCAUGUGUGAUUUAUUAUGGAGUGACCCAGAAGACACACAAGGUUGGGGUGUGUCUCCCCGAGGGGCUGGCUAUCUUUUCGGCUCUGAUGUGGUGGCGCAAUUUAACGUGUCCAAUGAUAUCGACAUGAUUUGUCGUGCUCACCAGCUAGUGAUGGAAGGGUACAAAUGGCACUUUAAUGAGACCGUCCUCACUGUAUGGUCUGCACCUAACUACUGUUACAGAUGCGGCAACGUAGCUGCAAUAUUAGAAUUAAACGAAAAUCUACAACGCGAGUUUACGAUAUUCGAAGCGGCGCCGCAGGAGUCCCGAGGUGUUCCCUCCAAGAAGCCGCAAGCUGACUACUUCUUAUAAUGUUCCAUGAUAGACUAUUGAGAAAUUCGACAUGCAUCUAGUAUUACGUAUUUUAUUAGUAGUGACAAAACAUUUCAAUGUGGAAAUAUUUUAAUGUGAUUUUAAGACUGGUAAUUGUAAUGAAUGUGUUGAAAUUUGGUUUUUACAAAGAACAUUUGGUGUGUGUGUUGCUUAACCGUUUCAUUGUACCAAUAGUGUUCAGAUAAAUGGGGUCUCGUGUUUAUGAAGUGCAACUCUGUUUAGUAUGAAAAAAUGUUACGUAACUGAAAUGUUUACUACCCCAUAGUUCAUAAAGUGUAUUUAUUUUAAUAUAGUGUAGUUCAAACAAACUGUUCAUUUCAUUGUGCAUAGGUCUGUCGUUUACCAACAUUAUUGUAAGGGGA